AUGGGCAGAGUUUCAAGUAUUGACUCGUUAAAAUCGUGCGCGUUGUUGGUUGAUGACGUUAUGUGGGAGGGACGAAAUGUACGACAGCAAUCACUGCCAUCAACGAAGCCAAUCGCAGAUAAAUGUGCUUUCGUUAGGGAUGUUGUGCGCCCUAUCAGCGGGCCAGGGGAAGGAAAGCUUAUUUAUGCAGGCCGCUUCUCCCUCUGGAACAUUUUCCUUGCAAACUCAAGGAAGAAGGUUCUUGCUCCACUGAGCAAUUAUGAAGCUGCUCUCAAGGAAGCAAGUUUUACUUGGUCCAUGCACCCAGCAAAGCCAAGGAAUUCAGAUUGCAACAAUAGACUAGACUUUUCAUGUGUGUCAAUCAAAUAG